GGAAGGAGACGAGCAGUGCGAGACAACUUAUAAAGAUGAUCGUGAAUGUCGCACUCAUCCACAGGGUGAUCAAGUUCCUUGUACUCAUCACAUCAAUCAGAUCUGAACAUGGCUGGCGGCGAAAAGAUCACGACCUCUGAGGGGUCAACUGGGAGUGAAUCUCCACGACGAGCUGUUGACUAUGCACACAUCCCACGCAGAAGAUACUUUGCAUCUGCACGAGGGCGUGCCUUGCGGGCACAGAUAGCCAUCGCCGGAUCGAUUGGCUUUCUACUUUUUGGGUAUGACCAAGGUGUCCUUGGAGGCCUGAAUGCGGCUGAGGAGUUCCUUCAACAAUUCAAUCAUCCAUCCUCUAGCCUUCUUGGUACGAUCAAUGCCAUAUAUGAAAUUGGAUGCUGUGUCGGUGCUCUCAUUGUCUUCGUCUGUGGAGAAACGCUUGGUCGGAAGAAAUGCAUCUACAUCGGCGCAGUUAUUAUGUUCAUUGGCGCGGCAUUGCAAGCCUCUUCAUUUGGUGUAGCACAAAUGCUCGUCGGGCGCAUAAUAUGUGGCCUCGGCAAUGGCUUUAACACCGCUACAACACCUCUCUGGCUAUGCGAACUACUUCCCGCCAAGCGCCGUGGCCGUGACGUGUCGACCGCUGGUAAUCUGAUCGCGUUUGGAAUCAUCAUCGCUUACUACUUCAACAUUGGGCUAUCCUACACAACGGGUCCCGUCCAGUGGAGGCUGCCGAUCGCCUUUCAGGGUGUCUUCAUCAUUCUACAGCUCAUCUGGACAAAGUUUCUUCCAGAGUCACCAAGGUGGUUGAUCAAGCAUGGUCGCCACGAAGAGGCAAUCGACAUCUUGGCUCAGCUGCAGGGCAAAAAUGUCCCUUGCGAUGCACCCACCGUCAUUGAGCAGAAAAGACUAAUUGACGAAGCCCUGGCACUUGAAAACGAAGGUGGUCCAUGGAAGUUCUCCGAAGUCUUCACGAAUGGACCACUCAAGAUCAGGCGCCGAUAUAUCAUGGUCAUUGGGAUCCAAGCUAUGCAGCAGCUAGCAGGUAUCAAUGUCCUGGUUUACUAUGCCCCGCAUACCUUGACGACCGACAUGGGCUUUGGUGCCAGAGAGGCAUUGUACGUUGGAGCCGGUAUCGCUGUCACGUACUGGCUGUUUUCGUUCUCUCAGGUGUUCUUUCUGGAUCAGAUGGGACGACGUCGACCCUUGAUCGUUGGUGGAUUCUUACAAGCACUCUGCUUCCUUUGUGCUGGACUUUUAAACAAAGACGUCACCCCAACCAAGGCCAAGGCAUCCCUGUUCUUCUUCUUUGCCUACGAAGCCAUAUUCGCCGUCGGCUGGCUGGCUAUUCCCUGGCUAUACCCUUCUGAAUUCAUGCCGCUCAGACACCGAACACAUUCGGCAGCCAUAGCCACCGCAGCUGACUGGAUCUUCAACUACAUGAUCGUCCAGAUUACGCCUAUCAGUAUUAGCAACAUCCGUUGGAAGACGUACAUGAUAUUCUUCGUGAUCAACAUUGCUCAAGCCAUCAUCGUCUGGCUCUUCUACCCGGAGACGUCUGGAAGGACCCUCGAGGAGAUUGAUUUCAUGUAUGCCGGUGACUGUGAUCGUCUCCUGGUCAUCGGCAAGAAUGGUCGCACUCUUCCGGGCUUCAGAAGCAUGAUGAAUCGACCAGGAAAUCCUGAGAUCGGUGAAGCGAAUACGGCGCUCACCAGGGAGGUUCGUGUUGAAAGUGACAAGGAAAUGGCAGAGUCCAAAAGUCGACACUUGGAAACCUCGUCGACCUAGAUGGUUUUCAUUUGGCGGAUGAUGGCAAAUGCGUGACGAGGGAUCCAACUCCGGCUGUGGCCGCGUGCAUUGGGAAAGCCGUGUCUCUCUUCAUACAGCAUUGUACCGUUUUGGCAGCGUUGACAUGACCGCAACCGUGACCGCACCGAGGGGUCCGGUCAUGUCACGGUCACGGUCCUGGUUAUAAUCGUCCGGUGAUGUCUGGGUCAUGACCGACAUGACUGAGGGUGAUAGACCACACGCCGCAAAAAAUUCCUGAAUAACAGUCG